GGACGGCAACAGGAAGUGGACGUCACUGACACAUGAAUGGCUCUGAAGGAAGAAAACAGCAUUUUAAUCAGGGGGAAUGUCAAAUUCACCCGCAUAGGAAGAACAAACACGUAUAUUAAUUUCCAUUUCCAACCAGCGAAAGUAUGAAUUGUGUCCGAGCAGGAAUUGAGGCUUCAGGAAGAGCUGAAACUUGUGACUCAGAUCUGGUCCCUCAGUAGCUGAUAAUCGACAGCCAUUGGCUUAUCUGCAUUUGAGGGGCGGGGUAACGGUGCUUUGCUAAAUGGAGUCGGAGCAACUCUAUCACAGAGGAUACUGCAGAAACAGCUACAACAGCAUCGCCAGCGCCAGCAGCGACGAGGAGCUGCUGGAUGGAGCCGGUGUCAUCAUGGACUUCCACACCACAGAGGACGACAACCUGCUGGAUGGCGACGCUGCCUCCCCAGGAUCUAACUACGCCAUGACUAACGGGGGCGGGGCUCCUAGUAGUACUACACACCUGUUGGACUUCCUAGAGGAGCCCAUCCCUGGAGUAGGGACUUACGAUGACUUCCACACCAUCGACUGGGUCCGUGAGAAGUGCAAGGACCGUGAGAGACACCGGAAGAUCAACAGCAAGAAAAAGGAGUCGGCAUGGGAGUUCACCAAGAGCCUGUACGAUGCCUGGUCCGGUUGGCUGGUUGUGACGCUCACCGGCUUGGCGUCAGGUGCUUUGGCUGGCCUGAUUGACAUUGCUGCUGAUUGGAUGAAUGACCUAAAGGAGGGCGUGUGUCUGAGUGCCAUGUGGUUCAACCAUGAGCAGUGCUGCUGGACAUCCAAUGAAACCACCUUCGCUGAGCGGGACAAGUGUCCUCAGUGGAAGAGCUGGGCUGAGCUAAUACUGGGGCAGGCGGAGGGCCCCGGAUCAUACAUCAUGAACUACUUCAUGUACAUCUACUGGGCUCUGUCCUUUGCCUUCUUGGCCGUCUGUCUGGUCAAGGUGUUUGCUCCGUACGCCUGCGGCUCGGGGAUCCCCGAGAUCAAGACCAUCCUGAGCGGUUUCAUCAUCCGGGGAUACCUGGGCAAGUGGACGCUGAUGAUCAAGACCAUCACUCUGGUUCUGGCGGUGGCGUCUGGCCUCAGCCUGGGCAAGGAGGGGCCCCUGGUCCACGUGGCCUGUUGUUGUGGGAACAUCUUCUCCUACCUCUUCCCCAAAUACAGCAAGAAUGAGGCCAAGAAACGAGAGGUUCUUUCUGCUGCAUCAGCUGCUGGGGUGUCUGUUGCUUUUGGCGCGCCAAUUGGAGGUGUCCUCUUCAGCUUGGAGGAGGUGAGCUACUACUUCCCUCUCAAGACCUUGUGGCGCUCCUUCUUCGCUGCCCUGGUGGCGGCCUUUGUGCUGCGCUCCAUUAACCCGUUCGGCAACAGCCGUCUGGUGCUGUUUUACGUGGAGUACCACACACCGUGGUACCUGUUUGAGCUCCUCCCUUUCAUCCUUCUGGGAGUGUUCGGGGGGUUGUGGGGUGCCUUCUUCAUCCGAGCCAACAUCGCCUGGUGCCGGAGGCGCAAGUCGACGCGCUUCGGAAAGUACCCGGUGUUGGAGGUGAUCCUGGUGGCGGCCAUCACAGCCGUGGUGGCGUUCCCAAACCCCUACACACGUCAGAACACCAGCGAGCUGAUAAAAGAGCUGUUCACCGACUGCGGCCCCCUGGAGACGUCCCAGCUCUGCCAGUACCGCAGCCAGAUGAACGGCAGCAAAGCCUUCAUGGACAACCCCAACCCCAACCGCCCAGCAGGUCCCGGCGUCUACUCCGCCAUGUGGCAGCUCUGCCUGGCGCUCAUCUUUAAAAUCAUCAUGACUAUAUUCACAUUUGGGCUCAAGGUUCCGUCAGGCUUGUUCAUCCCCAGCAUGGCCAUUGGAGCAAUAGCAGGGCGAAUUGUUGGCAUUGCUGUGGAGCAACUGGCCUAUUAUCACCACGACUGGUUCCUGUUCAAAGAGUGGUGCGAGGUGGGAGCGGACUGCAUCACGCCAGGGCUCUAUGCCAUGGUCGGAGCUGCAGCCUGUCUGGGUGGAGUGACCCGUAUGACCGUGUCCCUCGUUGUUAUCGUGUUCGAGCUGACCGGUGGGUUGGAGUACAUCGUCCCACUCAUGGCUGCCGUCAUGACCAGCAAGUGGGUGGGUGACGCGUUUGGCCGAGAGGGAAUCUACGAGGCCCACAUCCGCCUGAACGGAUACCCCUUCCUAGACUCCAAGGAGGAGUUCACACACACCACUCUAGCCCGAGAGGUGAUGAGGCCCCGACGCAGCGACCCGCCGCUGGCAGUGCUGACGCAGGACGACCUGACGGUGGAGGAGCUGCAGGGCGUUAUUAAUGAGACCAGUUAUAAUGGUUUCCCUGUGAUAGUGUCCAAGGAGUCGCAGAGAUUGGUGGGCUUCGCUCUGCGCAGGGAUAUCACUAUUGCUAUAGAAAAUGCCCGUCGCAAGCAGGAAGGCAUUAUGCUGAACUCCAGGGUGUACUUUACCCAGCAUGCACCCACCCUGCCAGCUGACAGCCCCCGGCCCCUCAAGCUUCGCUCCAUCCUGGACAUGAGCCCCUUCACCGUCACCGACCACACUCCCAUGGAGAUCGUGGUGGACAUCUUUAGAAAGAUGGGGCUGCGCCAGUGCCUGGUCACUCACAACGGGAUUGUGUUGGGCAUCAUCACAAAGAAGAAUAUAUUAGAGCAUCUGGAGGAGCUCAAGCAGCACACGGAGCCCCUGGCGGCUUCUUGGUAUUAUUACAAAAAAAGACAUCCUACGUCACAUGGCUCAAAUGGCAAACAAAGAUCCAGAGUCCAUCAUGUUCAACUGAUCCGCUCGUUCCAGGAUGGCAGAGGCGGAGGACGCAACGACGAGGAGGAUGAGGGCGUGUGUCUCCUGAACGGCUCCCAUCUCUGACAUUCGGACCCUGUUUUCUCAUUGUCAUGCUCACCUUAGUGGACCUGAACCUCACUGACUGAUUGUGGCCCCCAAAGACUUACCGGCCAUGAGAGAGGAGGGACGGAAGAGGAAAAAAAAACAAAAAAUACGUUGAUGAGAGACUUUUGCUGUUAUCAUCAAGCUGCUGAGGACACACGGAGGCCGAAGGCAAACAUGAGGAAGCACUUUCUUCCCUACAUACGCAAACAGAAAAAACACAUUUUUGCACAUGCAGACACCUCGAACAUGCAUGCUAUCUCCACACGAAUACACGCACACACUUGCUAAACCCCCUUACCUGUGAUGUUAAACCCAUUUGCACUCUUCGUGUGCCUCUCCCUCGUCCCGUCUCCUCUGAGGUCGCGGUGGCGUCGUCUGGCUGCCGCCAAAGGUCAUAAUGAACCGCAGACGAGAGAUGCGAUGAGGGACCUCGAAACCUCCAGGCUCCACCGCCUCUCCCUCCACCACCGCUACACACACACUCACACACACAUCUCUGAUCUGUCCGUCCUCCAGAAAAACCCAUUGUUUACCUGUGAAUUUAAUGUGAGAAUUCGAGUAUGUGUGCGCGUCAGUACAUUCCAGCCAGGUUACCAUGGGAACCGAGAGGACACGCAGCCGCUCCUCUUGGUUCGGCCUAAUUGACGUGACUUUGGUGUGAGUGUUUGUGUGUGUGUUUGUGUAAAACAGAGGAAGGUACAGAGGUUGGCACUGUAUUUCAAGAACAAAAACUUUCAGGUGGAAAGAAGUAAAAGUGAAACUUUCGUGCUUUCAUUUCUGAGCCAGCUUGACGUGCGUUUGUGUGUGUGUGUGUGAAGGUGGGUUGAGUGAAGGAAAAUGCUCGUCUAGGUUGAAUUGCACUCUAAAAAGGACAAAAUAAUCCUUUUCCCUCUUUUUCCCAGCUGUAACACUAUUGAUCUGCCGAUAAUCAAAUCCAGCUUGAAGCUAAACUAAAGUGUAAAUCCGCUGAAGUCGUUACGAAAGGUUAAAGAUGACCAUAAACCAUCAGUGUUCUCUUUUCUUUUUCCUUGUACAUUUUCUAAAAAAAAUAACAUUUUACACUUUCAAAAAAGAGCUUCAGGUUGCUGUAGGACACUAUCAAACAAUCACCCUACAGAAAUAGUUUAACAGCCCAACCUGAUUUCCUACAAAGGCUCAGUUUUACAUCUGAGCAGCUGAAAUAGAGGAUAUCUGACCUGAUCUGUUCACACUCUCAUUAACACCCUGCCAGUUUCUGGCAUUUACAUUUUCUUAAAUAACAGAUGAAUCAAAAGAUAUAAAACUAACAAUGUGUUUACUGAUUAUUUCUUUUUUUUUAGUUAAUGAAGCAAAUUAUGGCAAAAUAAUUGCUUGUCGUCCAAAACUGCACAUAAAGUAAAUUCAUGACCACCGGGUGUGUUGAGGCAUUAAAGCUUCAUAAACCACUAUUAGUUUAACCGUUUCAGCUCAAAAGAAGGAAAAAGUAGUAAAGAAUCCACAUCUGAUGUAAAGUUCUGCAAGAAACUCUUCGGGACCUCCUGCUCCAAAAAGCUUUUAAAGUUUAGAUUCAUGACCGUUGAAGCUAAUGUGUCAACAAGUCUGAACAUCUGGCUGCUCUUCUUCACAGCAGGACUUGUUUUUGCUUCUCUCUUGUCGUAACAUCUGCAGAGUGUCCGGCGAAGAUUUUCAGGCUUUUUCACACGUGUCUUUAUUGCCUGCGUUUCCCUGUUCAUCAUCAUCAGACAUCUGACGUGUUCAAACGGACACAAUGACGGGAAAUGAGAUGAUUGUGAUGUGAGGACGAAUGGCGGUGUGUUGUGUGUGAGAGUGAGUGUGUGUGUGUGUGUGUGUGUGUGUGUGUGAGGGGUGAUGGUCAUUCUGUGUCGGUCUUUGCGUUGCCGUGACAGUCCAACACGGAGCAGAGCUUCAUCUUUGUCAACCUGUGGUGUUGCCUAACAUUGUAUUUCAUACUGAUCUCAAUGUUUUUUCUCCUUUAUUUUUUUUAAUUUAUGGGUAGUGUUGAUAGAGUUGUGCAUUAUUAUAAAGAAUUUUAUGUAUUAUUACAUUGUUUGAUUGUACAAUAAAAGAAAAAAGCAGAAUAUGUAAAGAAAUAAAUUUUGUUUUAAAUUAAAGGCAGAAAAGAUUCAA